UCGAAAUGUCUAGCUCACCGUUUAUUAUAACUAACCAUAGUUAGUAUUACAUUAACCAUGGUUAAAACCCUACUUUUUCACCCUUUUUAUAUACAAAAGGAUCAUUCACCGACUAAGCAAAAAAUAUCACCACCAUUAUGAUGAUCGGAGAAAGAAACCGCCGUCAUCCAACGGUGGAUAUACCACCGUGGGAUGAUAGGACGGUGAACAACAAGAUUCAGCAAUUCAUGGAAGAAGAGUAUUCUCUGUUUGUUCAUCAUGAUUCUGAUUACGAUUACUACGAGGAGGUCGAUGCUUUUCAGGAUGUUGAGAUACCUGUGGAUGUCUUCGCAUGUGAUAACUUCAGGAUGUAUGAGUUCAAAGUGCGUAGAUGUACACGUGGAAGGUCACAUGAUUGGACUGAAUGUCCGUACGUUCACCCCGGUGAGAAGGCUCGUCGGAGAGACCCACGAAAGUACCACUAUUCCGGCACCGCAUGCCCAGAUUUCCGAAAGGGGAACUGUACCAGAGGCGAUGGGUGUGAGUUUGCUCAUGGCGUUUUCGAGUGCUGGCUGCAUCCCUGUAGGUACCGGACCCAGCCUUGUAAGGAUGGCGGCAGCUGUAAGAGGCGGGUUUGCUUCUUCGCACACUCGCCCGAACAGCUGCGGGUGCUGAGUCCGGGUCAGGGUAUAGAAUCGAGGUCGGAUCCCAGGUCGGAGGAAUCGAGCUCACCGCCAACGGAGUCGCCACCGAUGUCUCCGAUGACGGUGAGCUCGGUUAACUCACUGAGUCGAUCGCUGGGAUCGAACUCGGUGAAUGAAGUUAUGGCAUCGCUGCGUCAACUUCAGUUAAACAGGUUGAAUUCAAUGCCUUCUUCAUUUAAUGUACAAAUGAAUUCACCGGUAUUCGGGUCACCUAGACGGGUCAUGACUCGACCCGGUUACUUUAGUUUGCCUGCAACUCCAUCUGGAGACUUGACCCGACCCGGAUACCGAGUUUUCGAUACAUGGGAGAAGGGAGAAUACGAGGAGGAACCUGUUAUGGAACGGGUCGAAUCGGGUCGGGAUUUAAGGGUGAAGAUGUUCGAGAAACUGAGCAAAGAGAAUCCACUCGACCCGGUUGACCCGAACCCGAAUUCAAAUCCGGGUCCAAACCCGGAUGUUGGGUGGGUUUCAGAUUUGAUCCAGUAAAGAAAAACCUAGUAAUAUCUUUUGAUCAUUUUGAUAUUAUGAUUAUGUUGAUCACAGCUUCAGCAAUGGUGGGGUACCUUUUUUUUGCUUGUUUAAUUAAUUAACUUAGAUUUUUGGGCAAUUAUGAUCUUUUUGGGAGCUACAAAUUGGAGAUUAUGUAUAUGUAUAUUGUAUAUUAUUAUUAUUAUAAUUAUUAUUAUUAUAUAUGGUAAGAUUUUAGUGGUAGUAGGUAUGGGGAACUAUGUUUGGUUGUAAAGGGGAAGGUAAAAAUUAGGAACUCUUUUUUGGGGGAAGAAAUUGUAAUUUUUAGAAGGAUUUCUAUAUUUUAUUUUUAGGCAAAAAAGAACAAAGGAAGCAAGUACUUUUGCCUAAAGUGAAGAUGGCAAUCUCAUGUUGUUUUGAUAUUUUGAAGUAUUGUAAUCCUUCUUAUGUAAUAUGUAUGUACAUUUUUAUCAAUAUAUUUGGUGCUAUUUCUAUUA